GAGUUGUAAAUUGUUACAAUUGGAAUUUAUUCCUACCAGAAAUAAUUUAACUGUAGGGCAAGAUGCAAAGCACAACUAUAGUUAAAUGAAAUAUGGAUCUGGCCCAAUUAAGAAUUUUAUUUAAAAGAAUCCACCGAACCAAGAGUUGUAAUAAUGAUUGCAAUUGGAAUGAAUUCCUACCUAAAUAACUUGACUGUAGGGCAAGAUGCAAAGCACAACUAUAGUUAAGUAAAAUAUGGAUCUUGGCCCGCUAGGAUGGCAAACAACAACACAAACAACCUCGCCCUACGUUCCAUUCUGGAUAAAGAUAAAUUGGACGGAACAAACUUUGUUGACUGGCAACGCAAUCUCUCCAUUGUUCUCCGCAUGGAUGAGAAAGAGUAUGUGCUCGAAAAGCCCAUUCCUCCUGCCCCUCCCGCUAACGCCCCGAAAGCGGUCAAAGAUGCCUACGAGAAACACGUUAAGGAUGACAACCAGGUUAGCUGUGUCAUGCUGGCUACCAUGAAAACCGAGCUACAAAAACAGCACGUGGACAUGAAGGCCCACGAGAUGAUCGUGGCCUUGCAGCAGCUAUACCAGGGGCAAUCCAGGCAUGAACGUUUUCUCGUGAGUAAGGCUCUCUUUAGUUGCAAGCUCUCUUCAGGGAACCCGGUCGGUCCGCACGUUCUCAAAAUGAUUGGUUACAUAACCAAUCUAGAGAAACUCGGGUUCUCCUUGCAGAAGGAGCUGGCAACGGACCUGAUCCUGCAGUCGCUCCCUGAGCUGUAUAAGGGUUUUGUCAUGAACUACAUGAUGCAUGAUCUUGACAAACCCCUUCC